UGGAAUAAAGGGGAGGAGUUACCGCAUUGGGAGGGGUUUCUUCGCACCGCACGAAGAAUCUCUUUGGCGUUUGUCGAUUAGAAAUCGAGAUUAGAAACGUGCGACUCACUCCAAUCUCCGCCAUUGAUCCACGGCUUUUGGCCAAACGUCGUUCCUACUCUCUCCCCUUUUCGUGGUCUCUGAUGUUGCUCAAACCCAUCGUCUCUCUCGCCCUCACGAUGGGUUUGGUCGCCUUCCGCAGGCGAAUCCCUCAGCCCGAGCUGAGGACGCGUUCUCUACAGGUAAUUCCCUUUUCCUCUUUAUCUUCGACGACAUUCGGGUCGUGGGUCAUGGCGAUUGGUUGUGGGGUCUGUUCAGUUUGUGCUGAUCGUACCUCGUCAUGCCCUGAUUGGAAGCUUUUGAUUGCGGGUCGGUUGGGGUCGGUCUCGGGAUCGGGCUGCGUUCCAGAUCAAUUAUUCCAGCGAUGCAAAAACUGUGUAUUCACCCCCUCAUAUAGUUGCCCUUCUAGGUCAAGCAAGGAGCGCAUCUGAGGGAAGGAUCACAUACUCGAUGCUCUACAGACAAGCUUGAGCAUGCGCCAUGCAGCUCUGAGUACAGUCCAAUCAGUGGGCACCGCUCCUGUUAUCUGCAUAGAGCCACCGAGCUGUCUGGUUCGGUAAGCUGUGCAGUUGCGCGCAUCAUUAGAGCAUUGGCUAAUUGGGAGGAAUGAACUCGAUCUCUUCAAUAGGAAACCAGAUGCGCAAGAUUUUGAGGUACUCAUGUGCUUGUCCAACAUUUUGGGCGUUGGCGUUGAUAUUUGCUGAGCAUAAAUAGCUCAUUACCAUGCUCACUUGGUAUGUUUAUAGCAAAUUUAUGAUUUAAGGAAGAUAUAGAUACUGCAUCGGGUUGUGUCAUACAUGUGCUCUUGUUAAAAGAUAAAUUUAUCUUGGUUGUAAAUUGGCAAACGACGUAAUAUGUCCAAGGGUAGCCAGUCAAUAGUCAUAGAAACCUACAAAAAUCUCUUAAUAUCAGUACACAUGCUAAACAAUUGAUACACUUCCAGCUCCCGAUUGAAUAAUGCAAGUUGUUCUUUGAUGUUAUCAAAA